UCAAAGUGUUCAAAGCUUGUGAAGAAUUCUGUUCUCCAAUAUAAAAUUCUUUGUGCUGAAUGUAUAGUGUAUUUAUUAUAUGAUACUCAUAUUUUUUGACUCUAAUGUAUAUGCCUAGGAAAAACUUUAAAAUCCAAACCUAAUGAGAAGUAUUCACUGGAAUAAAAAGUGUGACAAGAAACCCAGUUCUGCCCAGUAAAGAGAGAUUAACUGUUCAAACUUGAGAUAUUGAUUUUUAACCUCCUCCACACGUUUGACUUUUCCAAAACAUCAAAAAGCUAUUGAUGAGAAGCCAGUGACCUGGUUUCCAAGGCAAGGCAAAUGUAAGCAGUAGGUGGGUAUGCUGAAAACUAUUUGGUCAAAUGCAGCUCUUAUUUUCAUGAUGAAUUUACCUAUUAUGCAUCUCAUGUAAAAGCAUGGGGGCUGGACGGUUUCAUGAACGAUAGUGAGUCAGUUGGCAAACACUGUCAGAUUCAGAGUCUCAAAAUGAUGGUUUUUGUUACUCUAAAAUUCCCCGGGGUAUCAUUAACAUUUACAGCAAAAUAGUGAAUCAUUGUAAAAGCGCCUUUACUGUAAACACUGGCCAAGCUCAAUUAUAUUCCUAUUUACCAGAAAACCUUCAGAAACUGAAGAAAGAACUCAAAAUAACUGAAUAACUGUCAUGCAUUUGAUCUAACAAAUGAAAUGCAACUGUUAAUGAUUGCUGCCUAAAGGUAUAAAUCUCUAUUGUUUAUGACUUCACUUCCAUGCCUGUUUUAUUCUAAUACAGAAAGACGUAACAUGAUACACAUGUUUUUGAGCCUGUUGAUCAAGUAAUUUGAUAUUAACUUUCUCUUAUUGCCAUAUACUCUGUCAUCCGCGUGCUACCUGCUGCGUUCGUGCUCACUUGAGUGACGUAUAUCACACUUUCCACCCUCUGCCACAACAGCUUGCCAUUUGUAGCUAAAAAGGUGUUGAUGGUGGGAGCCCGUGAUGCUGCUUCCUGUCUCCAUUGCACAUCAGAAUUUCCCCUCUGCCCGCCCACUUUCAUUUUGUGCAGAGCUGUGGGCUGUUUCACUUCAGUCUGUCCGAGUCUGUUGAUAGAGUCUGUUCUGCUCAAUGUAUACUGUUGCUUUCUCCAGCCACCCACACCGUUUGACCCCCGACUGAAUGUUUUAGAGUGGUAAUCUGACCUAGAGGACUGCAUCUAUUGGUCAUCACAACACAGCAAACCUAUGAAGGUGUUGAGUGGUCACGGCGUGUCUGUCGUCAAAUCGUUGACCCAAAGCAGCAUGGACGUAAUCAACAUGCCAGCCACAGAUGUUCCAGUGAAUACGGGACUCUCCCUUAGUCAGCAGACUAAAGCCAAUCAGACCAGCUUCUCCCACACUGGAAACAUCAACCAAAGGCGCUGGAAGAGCAUCUUCCGUCAAGUACAGAAAAAGAACAUGGAGCAUCCCAAAAGCUCACUGUUUGGGCGACCCUUGUCUGAUGUCUGUCAAAAAGAUGGGUGUCCUCCCAUAGCAAUUAUGGAUAUCUUUACAUUGCUGCUGAGAAAUGGUCUGUACACUGAGGGGGUGUUCAGGAGGGCCGGCAACGCCAGGGCUCUGAGAGAGAUCAAGGCGCAGCUCAACGAUGGGAUAGAAGUGGAUCUGAAAGAGCAGUCAGUCAUUUUGCUUGCUGAUCUUGUCAAGGAUUUUCUUAGACAACUGCCUGGCCGUUUGCUAAUGGUGGAGAAGUACAAAUCCUGGAUGACUGCAAUGGAAAAGGAAGGUCAAGAGCAGAAGUGUGCUGAACUUAAAAUGGUGAUCAACACACUUCCUGAGCCAAAUAUUCAGCUCUUGAAGCACUUUAUGGUUCUGCUCUACCACAUAAGUGAGAAUGCAGAUACAAACAAGAUGAGUUCCACCAAUCUGGCUACAUGUGUUUCCCCCAACUUGCUCCAAACAGACAACGUGGAAAAGAUGGAAGAGGUGACGAAACUGACUGAGUUUCUCAUUGACAACUGCCCUCAAUUGUUUGGUGAGGAUGCACUGACACUCUUUGGAGACUCUGAUGAAGAUGAACUCAGCGAUAACCAAGACUCUUUUUCUUCGCACCGUCAUGACUCUGCGUACGACAGUAAUGACCCUGAUGCAGACUCUAUCAAAUCCGGCACUGAAGAGAAAUCCCAGGAACAUUCCAGCGCAGAGGAACUUUGGACAAAAAAACUGACUCGCAGACGUUCAGAACCAGUAAUCAACCUCAUAGAGGGAGUUCAGCAGCACCUUGCCCUCUCCAGGAGCCAGACAGAAAUUGACUUUUAUGACAAACUCUUAACAAAACAGAUCUCUGAUGACUGUGUUGUGGUUAGAGCAGGCAACAGCUUGGGGAAGAGCUAUGUGGCCAGGACAUCCUCUAAAGACUGCUCGUAUUGUUUUUCAAGCUCACUUGAGAGUUGUUUCUCCAGUGCUUCGGAUAGCUCUAUCCAUAACAGUCCUCUUAUUGUGCCUUUAUGCAAUCAGAGAAAAGCCCUUCAACGCAAACAUUCCUUCCCCACCCGCCAAUCGGCACCUGCAGCGAAUCGCUCAGAGACCCCCAAAAGACGCUCCCAAUCCAUGAAGAGCGCACACAUCAGAAGUAGGACUGUCUUCGGGCGAAGCGGCUCCACCAAACGGGCCAUCGAGAGAGCCCUACGCCACAGCCAGACCCUACCUGAGGUACUGAAUCCUCAACCGGAGCCGAGACGCUUGUCUGGCGAGGAGGUUUUCCAACAGGUGGACAGCAGGAUACCAAGCGAUCCUCCAAGUUAUCAGCAAGCCGUUCAGCACAAUUCCCACGUCGCUCUCUCGAGCCGUCGAUCAUUGACUGUACAGGAUGCCAGAUGUCUGUCAAAGCAAACGUGUAGCCACUCAAGAAGUUCAAGUGAAGAGACAUUGGAACUGUCUUCUGGGAAUGAACAUUUCGAUAUCCACAACAGAGACAAUAAAGAGACAUGUUGUGAUAGUACGAGUGGAUCCUCCUCAGAGUUGAGACAGAGGACCACAUCUGAAACUGGGUAUGAAGCAUCAAUGCCAGUUUGGUGCAAUCAGGAAGACCUCAGAGAGACAUAUGUCUGAUUUACUGUUCAUUUUUAUUAUUGUUGCUACUUUUUGGUGGAGGGAAAAUGUCUUUUGCAUAUGACCUCAUAAUGAGGCGUUAACAUUUCAGGGCUUCAAGUGCAAUUCAUUUGUGCUGAAUAUGUAGAAUUUUAUUCUUCAUUUUUGUACAGUCUUUAGUGACAAUGUGUUUAUGCCCUCUGUGCUUUGAUUCUAUAGCACCCCAAAACCAAAAAUGUAACCGAAAGGCACUUUGAGGAAAUUUCACUACACAGAUUUUAAGUUUUUGUGCAAUGUUUGCAGAACUAAUGUACAUGCUUAAAAACAAUGUAAAUCAUAUGUAUGUCUUCUCAUGAAAUAAAGACAACA